AUGAAUCCCAAAGGGUUUACUUUGCGGAUGAUUCACAAAGACUCUGAAGAAUCACCCUUUUACAACCCUCUUGAUCGUUUGAUCACACCAGAUGAAAGAUUUCAAACCCUCAUCGACCAAUCCAGGGCUCGAGCGCGAUACAUUGCUUCACAAAUAAAUCCUGAUGUUUUUGUGCGGGUGCUUUACGAUGAUGGAGCAUUUUACCACACUGCAUCUGUGGGUAUAGGUACAUUUCGUGGUCAGCCAGGAUACAUGAGUUACUAUUUAUUGGUUGAUUCAGGUAGUGACCUUACUUGGCUUCAAUGCCAAGGUGCGACACAUUUUUUCCAUCAAGAUUCGCAACUUUAUCCUUGGAAGAAUUCACAAUCAUUUCGUGUUGUUCGUUGUCAGAAUACUAGUGCUGACUGCAGAGAAUGCAGUGGAACGGGCGUAUGUGUUUACAAAGAAUCUUAUGUGGAUUCUCAAGUUACAUAUGGUGUUUUGGCCACAGAAAAUUUCACUUUUAGCUCAAGAACUAGCCCUAGCAGCCUUGUAAGUUUUCAACUACGGAUGGGCUGUGGUUUACGCCAAGAAAAUUUUAACCUGGGUAAUAACAACAGUACAAAACAGAAACCUGAUUUUAUCGCAGGAAUCCUUGGUUUAGGAAGAGGUGUACGCUCUUUUGUAUCCCAAUUAGCUGUGGGUGGAGGUAAAUUUUCCUACUGCUUUGAGAAAUAUAGCCGGGGAAACACAUAUCUAAGUUUUGGUGCAGAUGCCACGAUUGGAUUCCAAGCUCGCCAAACUCCCAUAAUAACCCCUCCCUUUAAUACAUCGUUUUAUUACUUGAAUCUUGAAGGUAUCACCGUGGGUGUUUUUACAAUUCCUAGAAGAGAAUUUGAGUUUAACCACAACGAUGGAACUGGUGGUUGCAUCAUAGAUUCGGGGGCUCCAUUUACCACCAUGUAUAGAAACAUUUAUGUUAAAGUCAAAAGAUAUUUAGAGGGAUAUUUUUGGAAUUAUAAUAGAAUGCUUCCUGCAGGAUCUACCCACCGAAACAUGCUUUGUUUCAAAACUAAACCUGGAAAACCGUAUACAAAACCCACCGUAAUAUUUCAUUUUCAACAGUCUGAUUAUAAUGUUUCAGAGUCGGAGGUUUGGUAUGAGAAUGAAGGAAAUGUUUGUUUAGCUAUGGUUAGUUCGGAUUCUAAUAAGCCGGCUGUGAUUUUCGGAGCAUUUCAACAGGUUAAUAAGAGGAUUUUGUAUGAUAAUCAGGCUUUGCGGCUCUCAUUUGCUGAUGAGACCUGCGGAGGACCCUAG